UGUUCUUCUUGAAGCAUACCUAAGAGUCCAAAACUGUAUGUUUAAGGCAGAACGUUGGUAAUGCUUUGGGUACUUUUUGUAAUGUCAAAGUAUUUCCACUUUCUAUCUAACCCUUGUUAUGCUGAACUUACCAUCGUUUUACUUUUUACGUGUAGAUACUAUGGAUAACCUUCACUUGAGCGUCAUAGCUGUGGUCCUUUACUUUAAUCUUCCUGGAUCAGUGGGAACCAAGUCACAGCAGAUUCUUCUUGAUACACAUCACCAUUCAGGCUGCCAGUGGGCUGGGGAGUUCUCAGUGAAUUGUUCUUCUACCGGAAUAUCUACUGUUCCAGAGGAUGUAUUGCAAACAGCAGUAACAGCUGAUUUUAGUUUCAAUAAGAUUAAAACUUUUAUGUGCACUGAUGGAAGAAAUGAAGAAUGGAAGCUGAAACACCUGAAUCUCAGUAACAACCUGAUUUCUGAACUCUCCUUAGCUACUCUUAGAAAUUUACCCAUUUUAGAAACUCUCAACCUCAAUGGCAAUGCCAUCCAGACCCUCACACUGGACAUACCUAUGCCUCCACGUGGGUCUGAAGAGUAUGGAAAAUGCUGUUGUAUCCUUCCUGCUUUGAAAGUAUUGUCAGUUGAAAGAAAUAAGCUUAAUACAAUUCCACGAGGACUAGGCCUGCUGCAAUCUUUACAAACGGUCCAUUUGUCAUCCAACAGCAUACAGCAGAUUGGUCUGAAUGACUUUCAAAACUGUUCACAGCUGAAGGACAUUGACUUGCAGAACAACAAGAUAACUAAAAUUCAUCCAGACGCCUUCAAGGAUCUCAACAAAUUACAGGUCGUGGAUCUCCGUGAAAAUGCUCUGACAACCCCUUUACCACAGAUACUAAUCAGUUUGAACUUCUUUCAACUUGAAGUGGGUUUGUCAAAUAAUGCCUGCAUCUUUAACGGCAGACUAAAUGCUUUCAAACAAUUAUUUCAUCUUCUUUUUGACUCCACGAGGAAAAAAUUGAGUAUUUCAUACAAUACAUCUGCCAAGAACUCACAGAAACCUCUGCUGUAUCUUUCAAGUUUCCAUUUAAACUGCAGCGACAGUGUUUUGCUCAAGAGGGCUGUAAUCCCAACAGGGAAGACGUUGGUGCUAAACUGUGACCUGGACAACGCAAGGGGUAAUGGAGUCUCUUGGUGGACACCUAGAGGCAGAAUUUCAAAAGAUAAUAGCCUUCCUCAUAUGACACUGGAUAAAAUGAAUAAUUUAGUGAUAUACAACGCUGAGAAAACUGCUGAGGGGUUAUAUUUGUGUAUUUUUAAUACGACAAAGAAGAAAUCGCUCAUCUACAAUAUACAGGUGAAAGAAAGGGUUUCAACAUUUUUGGUUAGAAAAGCCCGGGACACUAACACUGGUUUUAGACAGGGAAGAACAGAGCAAGACCUUGCGUUGGCUGUCUGCCUCUCGGUGCUCAUUACCUUCAUUUGUGCUUUUUGUCUGGGUGCUUUUGCUAGACCUUACCUUGUGAGCCUGUGGAGAGUCAUGUGCAGGAACAAAAAUUCAGGUUCAGACCAGACUUAUACCAAUCAAGCUUUUUCAGAUGAAACCUUGCACAGAGAGUGCUCUGUAAGCAAACCAACAAAUACGCAGCAUCAUUUGUUCAUUUGCGAUGAGAAUUCUUCAAGAAACACAUGCAGUUUUCCUAUAGAGGCUUCUAUCGUGCAUGAAAAUGUCACUGGUAGCAGCAUACAUGCACCAAAUGCUGAAGAAGAGUACCAGGAACAAAGCAACAAUGAGAUCAACGUGAGGAAAACAGUGUUUUCAGACACCAAAACUAGUAUCAGCAAUGAUGAAAAUAUAAAUGUUGAUGAUAAUGGACUAUUUGCUGUAAGCACAGAUUACAAUAAUGGCAAUGAACUAACACCAAGAAAAUUAAUGACUCAUAACAUUUCGUUAUGGCAAGAUUCAAAAUAUGCAAAUAAUGAAGACUCAGAGAAGAGCAGGUUCCCUCUCAUGCCCAGGAGCCUGAAUGCUGACUCUUACUCAAAUCACACUGACUCUUCAGAUUCGGAUUUAUCCUUCCCAGGAGAAACUGGCUUUCCAUUUUCUACCAUACAAACACAUACAGUUGAACACGAUUCUGGGAACUGCAAGGUAAGCAACAACCCUGAUCUGCUGCCAUCUGGAAUCACAAAGGCUACACCAGAUUCCCCUGAAAGAAAAGGUAUUGUUUCACAUGAGCCCACGAGCACUGCAAAAUUUAUGCCUGGAAGGCAAAGCUGCGAUGAACAACUUGGUCUAAAUGGCAACAUAAAUAUAACCAGUGAUGUGGGAGAUUUGAUUUUACCCAAUAGCUGCAAGAGAGAUACAAAUAUUGAGAAUUUAAGUGUCUACCGAACAACAGAAAACUCUCCUCUUACAGAGUAUGACUGGAAAACGGAAUGUACAAAUGAAAUAGAUGCUUCAGCAGAUAUAUAUGGCCACAGUUCUUCAUCUGAAGGGACUCCAUUCACAAUGAGUGACUGCAGUUCUUUAGCAGACUUUGAACCUGAACCACCUGACGUUAGCAACAACCUGCCAGCCUGUCAGUCGUCACUAGAGGAAGAAGAUAAGAACAGUGAAACUGGGAAGUUCUCAACACUGCCAGAGUCUCCAGACAUUGCUGCUGAACUUCAGUGUAUUGGAAAAAAUGAAGACGAGAACAAUGCGUAUUUUGAAACCACUAUUAACUAUGGAUCACAGCCCAUCAUGCCUGAAACAGCAUCCCCUUACACUGACAAAUGUAGUGACCAUGUAAGCCUGUCAGAUUCAGACACCAUUAGUUCUUCAAGUCAAGGAAUUCCUGAUACGUUUGAUCAUUUUACCAAUGCAGAGUCAACAGUACAGAACCCUCUUUCCAAUUCUCCCCACAGUCAAAGCGCAGAAUUUGGCAAUGCGUUAUUUUCAUUAAAGCAUUCUCCCACGUAUGACACAGAUACAGAGAACGCUCCUGAAGAGGCUGAAUUGCAGCUGUAUCAGUUUCCCACUGAACCACGGCAUUCCCUCAGAUUCAGUCCCACUGAACAAAAAGAAAAUGCACCAGAGGGAAGUACACAUGAGCACGUAGACCCGAGCUCCUCUGGAAAGAAUCAUGUUGAAGAGGACAUUACCUUAAGAGGAAACACAAGUACAUCUGAGGAUGAUUUUAUUUUUGCUCCCAUCGAUAUUGGUUUGAAUGAAAUUGUUAGAACAACAUCACUCCUGCAUUCCAGCAGUGAAUCAUCUCUUCAAUCUCUGCCUGAACACAUACCUGAAAAACAUUUUUCGGUUCUGAUGGAGAAAGAAGACUUGCUACCACAGGGGAAUCAGGUGAACACAACUAAGGCUUGUGUAGAUGAAAUGCAAAGAGGUUUUAAUGAGAAAGACUGUGAUGGAUACACAGCAUUACAGGGUACCAGCAACUGUAGUCUGCCCGAAGAAACGCAGUCUCGCAAUCUUACAGCAGAUUUGCUGCAUCUUCACUCCUCUGGGACAACACAGUCAGUCUUCAGCACAGGAGAUCAUUUCCAACUGGAUCGGAGUGACAAGGAUGCAUGUUCCUUCUCAGACCCACAAGGCUCCUUCAGUGGAAGCACACGAUACAGUUCACGUUUAUUCCCACAGAAGACUACAGGAAAUAUAACCUCCAAAAGCACGGAUUCCAGCGAGACGGAGGAUGACGCUACUUUGACAGGACCAAAGAAUAAUUCUGCAACCACUGUCAACCUCCAAAAUUCAAGUGAAAAACUCAGUCAAGAAAGACAGACCCAUUUAGGACAGGGCCAGUUUUUUGUUAAGAAGAAAAGAGCUUUUGAUGGAUUUGCUAAUGUUUUGCAAAGCAGGAGAACAAACUUCAAUAGUUGAGAUGCAGAAGCACAAUACUGAGCUCCCACGGUGUUUAGGUCAUACAGUAGGUGCAAAGAUUAUUGUGUCUUAAAAUGAAGUCUGUAGCUUUUAACAACUGUUCAAUACCAUGGGUUGUUUUGUUUCUUGGUUUGUUUGGGGUUUUUUCCUCAGUCCAACUAUCCAUCUGUAACUUCAGAAAUCCGAGUUAUGGAACUAGGCUUAACAAGAUGCAUAAAGCCUGGAUCCAUCCCAUUUAGAACCACCAUAAUUCCAAAGGGUAAUUCAGGCAGAAGCCAUGGACUUUUGUUUAUAAGGGUAGUUGUAAAAAAACAAUAAUAGAUUUUAUGAAAAACAAC